AUGGCAACAAAUAGUGCGCUAAACAAGACAUGGUCAUGUGACCCACACAAGCGUCACCCCAACUUCACAUCCUGCCCACAAUGUUUCAGACCAGCCACAGCCCAGGUCGCCAGCAGCAUCAAAGAAAUUGGAAACUUAGACCACUUUAUACCAGAUAAACAGCCUGGUAUUUUCACACCUAAACUGGAGAUUGUGGAGAGACUGAUCACCGAAUACCUCAUUACUCCUCAGCUGAAAUGCCCGUACCUGCUUGUCCUACAAUUGUCAGUGCUGAACCGACGCGUUGACAGGGAUCUUAUUCGGAACACCUGGGGGAGCGUGGCUAAGACACAGACUUGGCCAGGCCGCAACAUUAAUGCUGACGUGAAGGUGGUCUUUGUGAUUGCCCGACAGGCUUCUGAAGAACCAAACAAACAAAAUAAAACCAACAGAAAUCAGACUCACCAAGAGCAAAUCCAGUCAGAGGCUGACCUGCAUAACGAUAUCCUUUACCUUGACAUGAUCGACAGCUAUCGAAACUUGACGUUGAAACUGUUGUCAGCGUUUAAAUGGGUCAGGGAUAAUUGUCCAUGUUUGAGUUUUGUUUUAAAGGUUGACUUUGAUACUUUCGUCAACGUGCCACUCUUGUUAGACGCACUGCUGUACUCGGAGAGUCGUCUGGAGUUCUCUAUCCUUGGUAUGAUCUACACAGGUCGAAGUAGAGUCAACAGGGGAGGUAAAUGGAAGGUCGACAAGUCCCUGUAUCCCAUGGCCAAUUUUCCUGAAUAUGCCUCAGGAUGUGGUUAUGUUGUAUCCAUGAAAGCGCUGUCAAAGAUCCUUGACAUCAUCCCGCACUAUAAAAUGUUCCCGGUAGAGGACGCCUUCAUCACAGGCGUCAUGAGGAGAGUGGCUGGGUUCAAACUCUUCUCUCCAGGACGGUUGUUCACCCACUACCUUGACAAGUCCUGGCAGAAGUGUCAGAUGUUCCACGACCGUAAAGUCCUUGGACUCACUGUCCGGCGACAGAUGAUCCAAGAAAUCUGGGAUUCCUUCGUGAAAGACUCUUGCUCGUAG